AUGACUCGGAUGGAAGAAGAGUUCAUCAAAGCAUGCUACGACGUCUCGGAAUCCAAGAACACACUUCACGACGCUUGGAGUGGUGAGCAUCUGGGCUUCUAUUCAAGUCUCGGCGCAGUCGACCGGACUGUAAAUUCCGGGACUCGAAGUUAUGCAGCGACUGGAUACCUGAAGCCAAACUUGGAUCGUCCCAGUUUGAAAGUCUUGACUGGAGCCUUAGUUUCCAAAGUCCCUUUGGAGGGUGCGGGGCAUGAGAAGCCUAGAGGUAUUAAUUGUCCCACGCGACUGGGGCCGAGUUCAUCGUCUCGGGCCAAGCCUACCUGCCAAGCGAAGGCCACCAGUGAAGUAAUCCUCUGCGCCCGUGUAGUGCAAACCCCCCAAGUCCUGGUGGUCUCCGGAAUCGGCAACCCCGAAGUGCUCUCCGCCGCUGGAAUAAACACAAUCGUCGAGUCUCACCCCGCCGGUGCCAACUUCCAAGACCACGUCCUCGGCGGCAUGGUCUUCGAGUGCGCACCCGAAGUGCUUUCCCUGGAUGCCCUGCACGGCGACGAAUACGGCCAAAAGUAA